AGCCAAUGUGCGCACAGGUCGCGAGGGCAAUAUCUAACUUAAGUGGGGUCGAGAUGAAGGGGGCACGAGAGCAGUUGGGGUGAAUGUACCGAAGGCGAAGAAAACUGUUGAACUCCUGGCACAUAACCGAUUGAGAUGGAGUAAAUGAAUGAGGCCAAGUUCAAGGGAGUUCAGAAUGGCAUUUGACGGGCAUCAGAACACAUUGGCAAAUUCACGCUUUCCCACAUAUCAGCGUCAGGCCAGUGUAAAUGUAGCUGGUGGGAACAGGGUAUUUCCCUUUUCCACCCCAAAUGUGUCACUGCAGGAACAGGACACAGCAUCCAACAUGCCCUGGUCUCACAAUGCUCAUGAUGAUCCCUAUGGCCUUGUCAACUGUGCCCAGAGCAGCAGUAAAAGCAGGAAACCCACUGAUAAAGCGGAUUGUGAUGGGGAGACCGAUCUGCAGGGCCUAGUGUCAAAUAUCUUGGAUGAAGCAGAUUCACAGGACAGCUACUACAGUGAAGGGGGCCUACCCUCAUGUAAUCCUGUCUGGUCUCCAAAGACAUUGAGAGAAGAACUGCUGCAGUAUUUUCAAUCAGAGGAUAAAAUGCAAAAUAACCCUGCCUUUUCUCCAAACUAUGUAUCCCAUGAAGCUUUUAGUAAAGCACAGGGACCAUCAGUGGAUGAAGAUGUUCAAGGCUUUUGUCAACAACCUAAUGGCCCUGCUUCCAGUCAACAAUGGCUUUUUAAUUUGCCUAAUGGAGACAGAGACAGCUCUCACCUCCGUCCACAGAAACUGCCACCAGGUUUACCAAUACCUAAGAUAGGAAACACCUACUUGCCACAUAUACAACAAAGCAAAUAUGACCACGUGUCAGCUGAUAAAGGCGGAGAGAACAGUCAGCCUUUGAAUAAUUUCCCUGACAUUAGUGAUGUCUUCAGAUCUCAAAGCGAAGUGAACAGCCCUGUCUUUCAUCCUUAUUGUGAUGACCACUACGUCCAGAGCAACGCGAAGCCGAUCAGGAAUGAGCAGUAUGUGCCUCAAGACAUUACCCAACUGGUCAAUAGUUUUCAGUCGUUCAUGGCGGGGGAGCAUGGUAGCUUAUGUCAUGGAACCUUGCCAAACUUGCACAGGCACACAGUGGGCAUGCACCAAGAAGACAACAUGGUUGAACAAUGGAAAAUCACUGGUCCUGCAGUGUCACCACAAAGUGCUCCUGCAAUGCAGACUCCCAACCAGCUGGUGGAAGAAUUUGGGACAGUGCAAAUGGGCAGAAAUGCAGGGGUGAGGAACCAAACAUAUAAGCAUGAUGCUUUUCAAGAUCUACGUGGUUUCAGUUCUCAAAACACAGAGUACUUCCAGCAACAAAAAACAUUCCCUGGACCUUUUAGCCUUCCAAACCAGUACCAAAACAAGAUGACCAUGCACAGACAGAACACUUCCUUCCCCAGUAACAUGAGCAUGAACCAGUAUUCAAAGUAUCACAUCCAGCAGGACCAGAUACAGAACACGAUGAGGUCACAUAUGCAGAAGGAAAAGAUGGGGAUGCAGAUGCCUGGCUUUCCGGGAGAAGGCUUUUCUACGAGACCCUUAACCAACUCCAACAUGAGAGGGGGUGAUAAGAGACAGGCCCUCUCACAAAGUCCAUACUUUGACCACUUAGGCAGCAUGCAGUGUCAGAGAUUUUAUGGAGAAAACAGUGUGGUCUGUGCAGGGAAUACACAGCGGCAUAUGCCUCUCAUGUAUCCUGUGAAUGACCCCAGAGUGCACUCCAGCAUGCCCAUCAACUCCUCUAACUUCAGCUCGAGAUCAACACUACCUCAUGGAGCUGGUGCUCCUGGCAUGGAUAUGGGUGAUAUGAUGUCAGUCAAUGAGUCUGCUGCCUUCAACUCAUUUGUCAGUGACAUGAUGACCUGCAGAGGAGAGAACACAUAUCAUGGCAUGGCCUCUGCCAUGACAACUUCAAUGGUGACGAAUGACGGAACACCUGUGAUACAGCUUUACUUCUACCUGGAUGAGUGCUAUGUGCAGCUUAAGUGUUUGGAGAAGGAGAGAAAGACGACAGAGGUCGUCCUUAACAAUUCAUUUCCUGGUAGAAGAACUGCAGCUGUGACCAACACUAAUCUACCCAGAACUCCACCAAACCCAACAAGAGUCGACCACCUCAUUGUUAAUCAGAUGAGAGAACAAGGAAGGGUGGCAAGCCUCCUGGAUAGAAUGGAGUCUCUACAGAACAAGCCCCUCCAUAUCAACAUCCACACUGCCCUGAACAGGCAUCAUAUGGCUAUAAGCAUUACCCAAGCCAGACGUAAGGAGGAGAUUGCCAACAUCUCCAAACACCGACGGCAAAGAGCUAAUAUCACAGAGGACAGAGACACCCUGUUGUUGGCCAUUGCACUGAAGGACCUCGCUGCUACCACAAGGAAGCUCCGCACAGCCCUGUGGGUAGGUCUCCAGAUAACACUACCGAAACCUGUCAGGAGGCCGGACCACGAUGUUGACAGGGAGGCCACUGGCACAGAGGAGAGCCCCGCUCCAUUUGAAGGAUACUGUUUUAGGUUAUGAUUUAAAAGGUAAAAGCAUGAGUUUAAAGUCUCAAUUAAAUUAAAAACAUUCCACUCCAGUUCAUACCCUGAUUAUAAAUUCCCCAUAGGCACCAGGGUGACAUACAAAACAAAUGUUACCUGCAAGUCUACAGUGACAUUUUACUGGCAACAUAGCAAUCACUCCAGAGUAUGACAUGAGCAACUUGAAGCUUGAUGAUGGCUGCAUUUUUUUUUUUUUUUUUUGGCACCCAGGAGCUUCAGGUGGCUAACUUCUGUUGUGUAGGAAUUUGAAUGAAAUGUAAUGUAUCCUGCUGCAUCUUAAUCUUCAUUUCAUUUAAUUAGUGUCGGUUCCAAAUUAACGUGAAUCUUGCUCCAUCACCGUUGUAUUUAAAGACACUAUUUAUGAGGAAGAUUUCAGUGAAUUCUUCAUUGUUUUACUUAUUUAUUGGAACGUCAUGGAACCUUAGUUCUGGGUACUCCCAACCACCAAUUGAAUCAUAAGGGCAGUCGUUUAAAAUAAACAUGCUAAAUAUUAAAAUAUUUAAUAAAAUGUUCCAAUUAAUUUCUGCAACUUCAGUUUUUCAUAUGUAAAAGUUGGAUCUGAAGAAGAUUUGGUAAAGUUUGAACUCUGCCAAAGAUACUCAAACUUCUGAAAAAAAGUUCAGUGUUUUAGAUUUCAAUAUAUUAAUCACAUUUUCCAAGAAUAUUAACACAUCAUUAACAUCAGUGAAAUGUAACAUUGCUCAACUAAAAAGUUGAUUUUGUGUAUCAGUAGUUUAAUAUGCACAUGCUAAAUUAUAAAAUGUUUCCAUAAAUGUUCUUCUUCUGUUGUUCUGUUAAUCAGAAAACUUAAUCUGCAUAUGUUUGACCUGUAACAAAAAAAUACUAAAGCUCAAAAAAGGUCAGUGUUUUAAUUAAAUUAUAUGUAUUAAUCCCACUUUCCACAAUAGUUUCAGAGAGUGUUAGACCAUUAUCAUCAGUGAGACAGUUUGUCAUUCAGGAACCAAAGUUGCUAUCCAUUUUUGUGAUGGACGCUCAAGCAACAGUUCUCUCGAAGCAUCAGUCUGUAGUACUCUGCUGAAUAGUUGUUCCAUUUCCUGUCAUUUUAAUGUUCAUGUUGUGUUUUUUUUCUUGUUACAGUUGUUCUGUAAACAUAAGAUUUUAAAAUAAAGCAAUCAAAAUGG